CUUCACGAAACGACCAUCACUUCGUGACAAGGCUGACAGUAUUGAUGGCACGCUGGCCUGAGAAUGCACGCCAGCAACGAGAACGACUUGAAUGUCUGGUGCCCACCUUCACGGCAAUAUUAAAAAGACGAAACUGGAAAGAACUUGUAACCCUCUGUCAGUAUGUGUUAAGAUUGAUUGUCGACGGCGUUGUCCUAUGAAUUAAAUACCGACCCCGGAGGCUGGGAAGCAGGAGUCAGCUGACAUGAUGGAGAGCAUUACAAGGCUACUUAACACCCUGACAUCAGCCGUCAUAUAAGCCGAGGGGGCCGCUCUGGUGACUAGUGAAACCACAGGGCACGGACACGUAAGAAGCAGAAACACCUCUCUCCUCGGGUGAUUAUUCUUCAAUGCGAGAACUUGCCCUGCGGUCUGGUCUGAUAUCGCCGUGUGUCCAGAGGGUUGCCCAUUUCAGCACCAGACUGCCCCGGGAUACGGCGGGCCCGGACGCGGACCGAAAUCGACACCCGUGACGGUGCCUUUGAUGCUCAGACACUUUGGCUGAGUUCUCUCCGGUCAGCCUUGCGACCCUGAUCGGCCUCACUGACACCGUAUCCACCCGUCCUUCCGGAUGGAUCGCCGGGCGAGCUUUGCCGCUGCAGCUGUGGCCAUGCUUAUGUGUCUCGCCAUCGAGGCCGAUUCGACAGAGGCCGAUUUAACUUACAUCGUGAUUGGCUCAACAACUUUCACACUAACAGAGCGGGUCCAGAAAUGCUUGGAGACGCUUGGACUCAGCAAUAGCAACAGCACAAACCCUGGCGGCUAUUUGCGCAAAUGCCUUCGCAAACUCAGUACCACGACCCGUGCUCCCAACGAGACUUACUUCAUCAACGCGGCCAGGGAAACUCUCGUAGCUGAGGAAGGAAGCACGGCCGUGCUACGCUGCGAGAUCGUCAACCUGGGCAGGAAACGCGUCUUUUGGUGGCGUGGACAGACUACACUGCUGAGCAGCAUGUACACGUUGUACGCCGACGACCGCCGUGUCAAGAUCGAAGCCUUCAACUCCACGUUCAACAUUCGAAUCACCCGAGUGAGGAAGUCGGACGCAGGGAAGUACAAAUGCCAGGUUCUGGCCAGGAGGUUCAAGUUAGAGCGGAUUGUGGAGCUGGAGGUGCCGAGUUUACCAAGCAUAGUAUCGCUUGAGCCCACCACGCCGCCCUUCUUCGACCAAUCAGACCGCGACCGGAGGUAUUUCAAUCGCACCACGGACGCCAUCUUAUACUGCAACGCCAGCGGGUUCCCCGACCCCACCGUGACAUGGGAGAAAGUUGGAUAUUAUCCCCCGAUGGGGGGAUCGCCGCAAGUGUGGGGGGACACCGUGCUGCUGAGUAAUAUCGACGAGCAGGACGCCGGGGUAUAUAACUGCACAGCCUCCAAUGGGGUUGGAACCAUCGAGCGAUCCAUCGAAGUGGUGGUGCAGUACUUGCCCGUAGUGCGUUCACCCGCCACCAGCAUCCGAGCGGGUCGCGGCCAGUACGUGAGCUUGGAUUGUGAGGUCAGUGCCGUGCCCUCUGCUGAGAUAAUGUGGCGAAGGGACAACGUGACCAUCCAGACUGCGGGCCAGGGGUUGGUCCGCGACGGAAAGCAGUACACCACGUAUAUAUUGGUGAGCGUCGACCCUGACGAAGAUUAUGGAGUGUACAGAUGCACAGCAUCUAACAUGAUGGGGGCCUCCUUUGUGUCCAUAGAGUUACACGGGCGCCCAUUACCACCAAGGGUGACAAGCGCACCGAAGUCGACGAGACGCCACGCCUAUUCCUUAUCAUGGCAGCCAGGAAUGCCUCCCGACGAGUGGCGCCCUCAAGAGAUUCUCGUCAGCAGCUACGUCAUACAGUUUCGCGGCUGGUGGAUACAAAAAACUGGCGCAUUACAAAGAGUAGUUUACACGCACCAGAACCCAUUGAGGGAGGUGAUACCAGCGGUCGAUAGACAGCAAGAGUACAACUACGUCAUACGCGAUCUGAGACCCAAUACAACAUACCAGAUGACAAUCUAUGGUCGCAAUCAGUACGGCAAGGGGGAACCAACGGCGUUCACAUUCUACACGGCAAACGAAAACGCCCCGUCUGCGCCGAAAUUGGCGACAGCGAAUGGAAGAGCAACCUACGAACAAAAGGUAACUCCUAGAGGCUUGCAGUCCGGGGCUGCAGCAACACUGAAGCCGUCAGCCGGUCUGGUCGAUCUGGUUGUCUUCGCUGCCGUCGUUGUUGGAAAAACAUCCUCAUGAAGUUCACUUUGUUUCCUCGUAUAUGCACUUGCAAUCGGAAAGACCGGGGGUCGCUGACUGCCCCACGUUGUACAGGGCUGAAUUUGACUGCCGGGGAUGUUCGCAGUGACGGAAUGGAUCAUGCGAAGCGCCAUCACGAAAAUCGGCACAUGAAACAAACAUCGCAGCGAGAGAACGAUUCGAGGGCGGCUCGGGAAGUUGACUGUCUUGGAUUUUACAGCCAGCUUUCCAAAAACUAACUUUUACUGUUAAGGUCCUUCUGAGAGGCACAAAAUGUUAUUCCAUUCUAUAUAGUCGAGUCAAUUUCAUUUACUGCCAGAAUUCGUGUUCAUUUAGUUGCUUGUUCGAUUUUAUAACAGCGUUUUAUACGUGCAGUAUCGUUGCUGUUUUCAUUUUUAUCGUUAGCGUCAAUAUCAGAUCACCAAAAUGACUUCGGAGACUUUGGUGGUUUCAUCUUUUGUCAACUUUACGAUAUAUUGCACCAUUGACACCUGCCAUUGUCUUAUAUAUUUUGAUUUCCCAAACUACACGCCAGUGUUCUCCUCUGUCUACAGUUCUGAAAUGUAGUCAAGAUAGAUAUAUGUCAUUUUCAUAAAGUACACAUAUAUAUAAUAAUCAGUGUUCUACAAUUGUAUAUGAAAUCGCUGCACAUUCUGCUCGUUUAAAGUUAUUAUGAGAGCAAAAGAUGCAUAAACGUCUUACGCACUAUGUAUAGUGACCUAUAAUGUACAUGUUUUAAAUCGACCAGAAGUCUGCGAGCAACAUGUCAAGUGUCUGCUCACAGAACCAAACAACUUGUCUUUUGCAAAAGGAGUUGGGACGCAUCCCGGGGCGUCUGCACUUUUUCUACUUCUAUGCAGCCUGCACCCAAAUGUAGAAAGACAUUGUAAGACUGGAUGCAGUAAACACACACGCCGCUCCGAUGCUCAAGGGUCAAUUAAUUAAAUCGUAGUAAUUUCCCACGUCAAUGGUUAAAAUGGAUAAGGGAGAAAAGACAUGAAUUAAAAGAGUUUCUGUGUAUAUU